UGGCCUCAGAGCUCAGUCCGCGCAGUAACAAGAAGUGCGCGCUGCGACACCUCCCAGCUCCCGGCCCCGCCGCCAUUUCGUCGCCUGGGCUAACGGUUCGGCCAAUCCCGACGCGUAUUGAAAAGAACUAGCGCUCCACCAAUCCGAGGCCGUUGACUCCGACCUCACCUCGGGCCGGCCCAAUCAAGGCCGCGGCCCCUCCGCCCCGAGCCCGCCCCCGCGGCGUCCUCUCUCCUCCCUCUUUGUGCGUCUGGCGCCGCCGCCCGCCGCGUGAGAGGACGGGCUCCCCGCGCUCUUCGGCAGCGUAGUUGGGUCUCCUCCCCCCCCCCCCCAACCUCCCGGAAGGUUCGUGAAGGAGAAGCCGCCGCGGAGGACGAGGAACCGCUACUGCCGGUCCCCUGGGGCGCCAUGGCGACCGGAGCGAACGCCACGCCGCUGGACUUCCCAAGUAAGAAGAGGAAGAGGAGCCGAUGGAACCAAGAUACAAUGGAACAAAAGACAGUGAUUCCAGGCAUGCCUACAGUUAUCCCCCCUGGACUGACUCGGGAACAAGAAAGAGCUUAUAUAGUGCAACUACAGAUAGAAGACCUGACUCGUAAACUGCGCACAGGAGACCUGGGCAUCCCCCCUAACCCUGAGGACAGGUCCCCUUCCCCUGAACCAAUCUACAACAGCGAGGGGAAGCGGCUUAACACACGAGAAUUUCGUACACGCAAAAAGCUUGAAGAGGAGCGGCACACCCUCAUUACGGAAAUGGUUGCUCUCAACCCAGACUUUAAACCACCUGCAGAUUACAAGCCUCCAGCAACACGUGUGAGUGAUAAAGUAAUGAUCCCCCAAGACGAGUAUCCAGAAAUCAAUUUUGUGGGACUCCUAAUUGGGCCCAGAGGGAACACCCUGAAGAACAUCGAGAAGGAAUGCAACGCCAAGAUCAUGAUACGGGGAAAAGGAUCAGUGAAAGAAGGGAAAGUUGGGCGUAAAGAUGGUCAGAUGUUGCCAGGGGAAGAUGAGCCUCUUCAUGCUCUAGUCACUGCUAAUACAAUGGAGAAUGUCAAAAAGGCAGUAGAACAGAUCAGAAACAUCCUGAAGCAGGGUAUUGAGACCCCAGAGGACCAGAAUGACCUACGGAAAAUGCAGCUUCGAGAGCUGGCUCGCUUGAAUGGCACUCUAAGGGAAGAUGAUAAUAGGAUCUUAAGACCCUGGCAGAGCUCAGAGACACGCAGCAUUACCAAUACCACCGUGUGUACCAAGUGUGGAGGGGCUGGUCACAUUGCUUCUGAUUGCAAAUUUCAAAGGCCUGGUGACCCUCAAUCAGCUCAGGAUAAAGCACGAAUGGAUAAAGAAUAUUUGUCCCUUAUGGCUGAGCUAGGGGAAGCUCCUGUCCCUGCAUCCGUGGGUUCCACCUCUGGACCUGCCACCACACCCCUGGCCAGUGCACCAAGACCUGCUGCUCCUGCCAGCAACCCACCACCACCGUCUCUCAUGUCUACAACUCAGAGUCGCCCACCCUGGAUGAAUUCUGGUCCUUCAGAGAAUCGGCCCUACCAUGGCAUGCAUGGAGGUGGUCCUGGUGGCCCCGGAGGUGGCCCCCACAGCUUCCCACACCCAUUACCCAGCCUGACAGGUGGGCAUGGUGGCCAUCCCAUGCAGCACAACCCAAAUGGACCACCACCACCUUGGAUGCAACCACCACCACCACCGAUGAACCAGGGCCCCCACCCACCUGGGCACCAUGGCCCUCCUCCAAUGGAUCAGUACCUGGGAAGUACGCCUGUGGGCUCUGGGGUCUAUCGCCUGCAUCAAGGAAAAGGUAUGAUGCCACCGCCGCCUAUGGGCAUGAUGCCGCCGCCUCCGCCACCUCCCAGUGGGCAGCCCCCGCCUCCUCCCUCUGGUCCUCUUCCUCCAUGGCAGCAGCAGCAGCAGCAGCCUCCACCACCUCCUCCGCCCAGCAGCAGUAUGGCUUCCAGCACCCCCUUGCCAUGGCAGCAAAAUACGACGACUACCACCACGAGCGCUGGCACAGGGUCCAUCCCGCCAUGGCAACAGCAGCAGGCGGCUGCCGCAGCUUCUCCAGGAACCCCUCAGAUGCAAGGCAACCCCACUAUGGUGCCCCUGCCCCCCGGGGUCCAGCCGCCUCUGCCGCCCGGGGCCCCUCCCCCUCCGCCGCCUCCGCCACCUGGUUCCGCCGGCAUGAUGAUCCCUCCCCGCGGCAGCGAUGGCCCGAGCCAUGAGAGUGAGGACUUUCCGCGCCCAUUGGUGACCCUUCCAGGCAGACAGCCUCAGCAGCGCCCCUGGUGGACAGGAUGGUUCGGCAAAGCAGCCUGAGUUAUUUUUGUGGACGGAAUCGGGAACACGCUGGCUCCAUAUCGUGAAAUUUUUAUUAAUUUUUAUCUUUUUCCUUUGUUAUUUCCUUAUCUUUUCCUUUCUUCAGACUCCGUCCAAGGAGAUGCUCUCCCCGGUCUUCUGCUGCAGAUAGGAUCCUUCCCCUUGUCUCCAUUCCUCUCCUCCCAAGGGGAGAGGGGCAAAUGGUUUAGGCACAGGCUUUGGCUAUUAAUGUCAGGCUUGGGAGUGGGGGUGAGGGGUCCUAUGGUUCUAAUUGUUGAAGGGCCUCAGCCACACUCUAAAGAAAAGAUAGGUGGUUUAUUUUUGACAUCUUUUAAAGAGUCUUGAUAAUUCUGACAUUGUUCAAUAGGGUUACUCUAGCAGUGGGAUUCACAUCUUCCAGCGCUCCUGCCAGCAGUAUGCAAGCUGCCAAGCCACCAUAGGCCAGCCUGGAGUCUUUUCCAUGCUCUGAUCACCUAAGCUGCCUCAGAACCCAUUUGCUUCUCUCCUUCCUGGAAAGCUUCCCUUUGUUUUAUUUUGACCCCAGACGUCCAGAUGUUUUGCAGUGUCUGGGGCCUGUGCCCCUUGUUCUUCGUUCUGCUUCUUUGCCCCUUCCCUCUUCAUGGAGUGAUUAUGUUGACAAUAAUGUAUAACGCGCGUUCUUUUCACUGGUUUAUCUACAGAAAUUUCUCUGGGCCUUUUUUCUGUGUUUGAUUCAACACUGCACUAAGGGGGGAAUGUUCUAUUGAAUAAAAGAGCAGUGUGGUUUUC